CACAUCUGCAAAAUGAACAGGGUUAAAGUUCUGCAGCUCUGGCUGUGUUGUGUGUCGCUCUGGCGUUUCUGGGUUUCUCAGGCCGUUCCUCUGGACUGCAAGGACGAGACCGGAUCUCUCACACACUGUACUUCAAUCUCCCAAGAGAAACUUCUAGAUCGUGUCAUCCAGCAUGCAGAGCUCAUCUACCGUGUGUCUGAAGAGUCAUGCACUCUUUUUGAGGAGAUGUUUGUCCCGUAUCCUCUGCAUGCUUUGAGAAACCAGGGAGGAAACAUGUGCCACAGCAAGCCCUUCCCCAUCCCAAACUCCAAGAGUGAGAUUCAGCAGAUAUCGGACAAAUGGCUCCUUCACUCGGUCCUGAUUCUGGUGCAGUCGUGGAUGGAGCCUCUGAUGUAUCUGCAGACUACUCUGGAUCGUUACGAUGACGCCCCCGACGCUCUGCUCAACAAGACCAAGUGGGUUUCUGAUAAACUGCUCAGCCUGGAGCAGGGGGUGGUGGUCCUCAUCCGCAAGAUGCUGGAUGAAGGAAUUCUGACGUCCUCAUCCGUCAUCGAACACGCGCUGGCUCCGUCCGAUGGACAGUCUCCGGAGGUGCUGGAGUCUGUCCUCAGGGACUACAACCUUCUCACCUGCUUCAAGAAGGACGCCCACAAGGUGGAGACCUUCCUCAAGCUGCUCAAAUGCCGCCAGAGCAACACGCUCAGUUGCCUUUCCUACUAAAUGUGCUUCUUACAUGGAAAGAAAAAGCUUUAUUUUGAAGAAUGUGUCAUAUUUAGAAAGCAUUGAAUGAGACCCCUGAGUGUGAAAGUGUGCUUUUGGCUUUCUGGCUAUUUACUGUAAAUGGAACCGGAAUAGACACGAAGCUCAGCGCUCUCUCACACAAUCUGCAUUCUGCACUAUUGAUUCCCUCGCUUCUUUUCUUAACUUGAGUUUGUAUGCUAUACCGACUCUGCGUAGUCUUUCAAUGUCUCCCCGGGUCUCCGGUGAGUUGGCUGGCAUGUUUUUUUUUCUUCUUUUAGUGGAGAUAGUUUCACCUUUGUAUUAGUUAGAUAAAGAAAAAGCUUGUGAUACAGAAAUAUGCUAAUGAAACCGCAACGCAGACUGUAAGUGUUUCCAGUGUGUGUGGUGUGGGAUGAGGGAUUUGAUCUGAGCUUUAAUUUAUGUAUCAACAUAGUGGAAAACUACAUGAGAUAAAAAUAUAAUACUGGCCAGCACAAGAUUAAGAACAGAGGUCUGUAAAAAAAUGAUAUGCAUACUUCAUCAUA